AUGGCUUCAUCUAGUACAGAGGAUCCCUUAAUGUCAAUGAGAUGGGCUGAUAUAUGUCUAGAAGAUGAGGAGGAACAUGAAGUUUCACUUGCUGAAGAUAAUGAAGAUGAGGAAGAGCUGCAAUUUGAUGAUAGAUGGUGUCUAGUGGGUCGCCUUCUGUCCAGAAAAGUGUCUGACUUUCAGAUCUUUCAAAACAUCAUUGCUGAUUUAUGGAAGCCUGGUAGAGGUAUUUUUAUUAAGAUUCUUGAUCAAAACAGAUUUCUUUUUCAAUUCUAUCAUGAGAUAGAUAUUCAAAGGGUGAUUGAUGGUAGUCCAUGGACGUAUGAUCGCAAACAACUUCUUAUUGAAAGGCUCAAACCGGGACAGAAUCCAAGGGUGGUUGUUGUAAACACAUUGGACAUGUGGGUACAAGUUCAUGAGUUACGGUCAGGUUUUAAAACAGAUUGGGCUAUUCGCGAAGUGGCUCGAUAUAUUGGACAGUACGUCGAUACUGAUCCGAAUAAUUUUCAAGGCGUAUGGCGGGAUUAUCUCAGAGUUCGGGUAAGGAUUAAUGUUGCUGAACCACUUAAGAGAAGAAUGAAGUUCCGAAGCUGGGGUGGUGAGUCGUUUUAUGCGUAUUUUAAAUAUGAAAGAGUCCCAACCUUCUGUUUUAUCUGUGGUAUAAUGGGACAUGCUGAGAAGUUUUGUGACAGAAUAUAUGAUAUGCCCAUAGAGAAGAUUGUCAAGCCAUAUAGUAUUGAGAUGAAAGCUCCUACCAGACGACAGAAGUUUAUGCAACCUUCACCAUGGCUGCGUUCUGGGCCGGAGGUUCCAAGCUCGACGAGGACAAUGCCAUCAGGAUCUUCUGAAGUUAAUGCAGCAACUAAAAAUCAAGGCAUGACAUCCGACAAUUAUGACCCUAAUAUCAGCCAUUAUAAUUCAAAAGUCAUUGACCAAGCCCGAUCCUUUGGGAAGAAUAAUAUUGCUUUAAAAGAGCAUAUUAUCUCAGUCAAUGAGAAUCCAGCUGGGUUUAUAUCUGAGGAUAUCAUUGAAAUUUCUGAUUUGAAGAGGAAAAGGCUUGAGGCAAUUAAAAAUAGUGGGCCUCCAGUUUUGAAAAAUAACACAAUGGAAAUAGAAGAGGGUAUUAAGACAAAUGGUCCCAAUGCUGAAGCAAUUUCAAAAAACGUAGAGAAGGAAGUUGUUGAUAGAGUCAAGUUUCGGUUGGGGUUUGAAGGUUGUCAUUCUGUUGAUGCGGUUGGUAGAAAAGGGGGUCUUGCUUUGUUAUGGAAAGUUUCGGCUGAGGCUCAUUUGUUUAAUUACUCUCACAACCACAUCAGUAUCGAAGUUAGAAUCCCAGGUACGAUUACAUGGCGGCUGACUGGUUUCUACGGUGAGCCAAAUCGAAAUCUUCGCCAUCAAACUUGGGCUCUCCUUCGAACUCUAGCCUCUGAAUCAAGUCUCUCAUGGUGCAUCAUUGGAGAUUUUAAUAACAUCAUGAGCAAUGAGGAUCAAAAAGGAGGCCGGCCAUACCCUCAAUCCUUAAUUACUGGUUUUCAAGCUACUGUCUCGGCUUGUCAUCUCAUCGAUUUAGAUAUGCGAGGUCAUCCUUACACCUGGGAACGAAGCCGUGGGACUACCAGAAGUGUCGAGACUCGCCUGGACAGGGCCAUGGUCACUCAGAAUUGGCUUGACAUUUUUCAUGAGGUAUCUUUUACAAACUUAGCUUUUUCCUCUUCCGAUCAUUCUCCUAUUAUGCUUAAACCUGAAACUGUGUUGGGAGGGGCUGCUAGGGGGUUAUUUCGGUAUGAAAAUGCUUGGCAUAGAGAGCCUUUAUGUCACCAAAUUGUGAUUGAUGUCUGGAACUCAAACCAGCAGCAGGAUAUUAUGGAAAAGAUUGCUAUCUGUGGCAAACAAUUUUCUAGUUGGGGUCGAAAUCUAACAGGGAAUUUUAAAGCUAGACUUUCUAAAAGUAUAAAUCUGCUUGCAAGACUUCAAGCUUCAAAUGAUGCUACUGAUAUUGAGAAUUUUGUGCAAGAGAAGAUUAACUAUUUUGAGAUUCUAGCUCAACAAGAACUGUAUUGGAAGCAAAGAUCAAAGCAGUAUUGGCUUCACGCAGGUGACAAGAAUAACAAAUAUUUCCAUGCUACCGCAAGUGCCCGCAAAAGAUCAAACCAAAUUCAUCAACUCCAGGAUGCUAAUGGCGGUUGGAUGAAAUGGGCUUCUGUCAGUGCCAAUCAUAAUGAAGAAAUGUUGAAACCGAUCCUUGAUGAAGAAGUCAAAUCUGCUGCUUUCUCUAUGCAUCCUGAUAAGGCUCCCGGGCCUGAUAGUAUGGGUCCAGGGUUCUUUCAACAUCACUGGAAUGUUGUCGGAACAGAUGUUAUUCACCUUGUUAAGUCAUUCUUUGACUCUGCCACUUUGCCCGAUGGCAUAAAUGAUACCCACUUGGUAUUAAUUCCCAAAAAGCAAAAUUUUGUGGCUAUGACUGAUCUCAGACCGAUCUCUCUUUGUAAUGUCCUUUAUAAGAUCAUAUCAAAGGUGCUUGCGAACCGUAUGAGGGAUCUUAUUGAUGAUAUUAUUUCUGAUACUCAAAGUGCUUUCAUUCCGGGGCGUCUGAUUUCAGAUAAUGUGAUGGUAGCUUUUGAGGUCAUGCAUUACUUGAAACGUAAGAGAAAAGGGAAAAAGGGAUUCAUGGCUUUGAAGCUUGAUAUGAGCAAAGCGUAUGAUCGGGUGGAAUGGGAUUUUCUAAGAGCGGUAAUGCUUCUUCGUUACAAGGUUGUUCAUGGGGGUCACAUGUUGGAUCCCAUAUGCCCAUCUCGUGGUAUCCGCCAAGGUGACCCUCUUUCAAUGUACCUAUUCAUUAUUUGUGCUGAAGGUUUAUCUGCUCUAAUUCAAAAGUUCGAAGAAGAUAGGCUUCUGCAAGGUUGUCGUGUUGCUCAUCGUGCUCCCUCUCUCACGCAUAUGUUUUUUGCCGAUGAUAGCUUCUUAUUCUGUCAAGCAACAGUAAGUGUGGCUACUAGCAUCUCCAACUUGCUCCGGUUGUUCGAAGAAGCUUCUGGCCAAAAAGUGAAUGCUUCCAAAUCAUCCAUUUUUUUCAGCCCCAACACUGAUGGCUCUACCCGCACUCAAAUCUGUUCUACCCUUAAUAUGAACGAAGCUCUUGAAGGUAGUCUCUAUCUUGGCCUCCCUAACAUCAUUAGUCGAAAUAAAAAAGCCAUGCUUGGUUUUAUCAAGAAUAAAGUGAUUGCUCGUAUUAAUAGUUGGGAUGGAAAAUUUUUGUCUUGUGCCGGGAAGGAAAUUCUACUUAAGACCGUUAUUCAAUCACUACCGACCUAUGCAAUGAGUGUGUUUCUCCUACCACUUGGUACUUGUAAAGAGAUAGAAAAGCUUAUGGCUAGCUUUUGGUGGAAAACAAAUUCUAACAAAGGUCGCGGUAUUAUUUGGAUGUCUUGGGAUCGUCUUGCAAUUCCUAAGGAUGAAGGUGGAAUGGGAUUUAGACAUUUACAUGAUUUCAACAUUGCUAUGCUUGCAAAACAAGGUUGGCGCCUUUUGUGUAAUCCCAACUCUCUUGUUGCCAAAGGGGCGCAAGAUGUUGUUCGUUUAGGUGCUACUCGGGUCAUUGGAGAUGGCACAACUACAAAUAUUUUGGGUACUCCUUGGCUGCCGAAUGUCCACAACAGAUGUGUGUCUUCAACACAUCCUGGACUGCAAAAUAACACAGUCAGCUCACUUAUGCAGAUGGACAACCGAGAUUGGGAUUCUGAGGGGAUUUUGGAUUUGUUUCCAACUCAUGAAGUUGAUGUUAUACUCGGCAUCCAUUUGACCAACACUACUAGACCUGAUUUCUGGUCUUGGAAAGCCGAUCAUAGAGGAGUUUUUACUGUUCGAAGCGCCUACCAACUGCUGCAAACUGAAAAACCAGCAGUCCCAACACAGAAUAAUUCUGAAUUUUGGCGUAAAUUCUGGCACUUAAAGAUCCCACCAAAGGUGCUAAAUCUUCUAUGGCGUGCUAUCACCGAUUCCCUUCCCACAUGUGUGAAUCUUGUAACUAAAUAUGUGCCCAUUUUUGCUCAAUGUCCGGUCUGUAGAACCCAACCCGAGACAGCCAUUCGUGCACUUGUGCCUUGUCCUUUUGCUACUGACUGCUGGAGAUCGUUCGGACUUCCUAUAAAUGCAGCUGCUUCCUCUUCUUUUGGCAGCUGGUUCGAAAGUUUGCAGCAAACAGGAGACAAUGAUCAGGUUUGUAAAGUUGCUAUGUUAUGUUGGGCUUUAUGGAAAUCUCGCAAUAAUACAGUUUGGAACAAAAGGAAUUCUUCUGUAGAUGAUGUUCUUGUAUCUGCUUCUAUUACUCUUGAUCACUGGCGGAAAGCUCAGGAUAAAUUUGCUCUAUCAUCUCUAUCUCUUAAUAAUAGUGAUGAUGGAGCCGAGCUUUGGACUAAACCUGCUAAUAAUUAUAUCAAGAUUAAUAUAGAUGCUGCGCUUUUUCAUCAUGAAAAUUCCUAUGGUUUUGGAAUUGUAGCAAGGGAUGACUUGGGUAAACUAAUUGAAGCUAAAACAUGUUACAAGGCUGGUAACUAUUCUGCUGAGGUUGUGGAAGCACUGGGAAUCAAAGAAGCUCUUAGUUGGAUUAAGAGCAAUAACGGGCAAAAAGUUGAAGUAGAGACCGAUAGCCUCCUUGUUGUUCAGGCUAUUAGAAGCGAUCACAAUAUAUCCUCCACUUUUGGUUUAAUCACCAAAGAUUGUCAUGCUUUAUUGUUGUCUCUAACUGAUGUUAAUUUACGUUUUAUUAAACGAUCAGUAAAUCGGGUUGCUCAUGCUGUUGCUAGGCAUGCACAAUUUUUCCCUAGUUGUAGUAUUUUUGAGUAUAAUAUCUGGCCUAAUUUACAGACUCUCUUGCAUUCAGAAUGCUUUUAA